UAUAACUGGGACCAGUCCAUCAAUGGGAGAGUUCGAGCCGAGUUUGAAAGCAAGUUGAAGACCCGGAUGACUGAUCAAGUGUCUCGGUGGAAGUCUAAGUGGAGAGUAAAAGGUGAUGAUGCAAAGCCGCGGUGGCUUGAUCCGACAGUAUGGGACGGCUUGGUCAAGUUUUGGUGUGAACCAAAAUCUGAGGAAAAGAGCAUCAAUAGUCGAAAUGCUCGAUACAGUGAUCCUGAUGGCACUGGAAUGCAUAAACACCGGUCUGGUCAGACCUCCUUUAAAGCUCGUGCACGAAAACAUGUAAGUAUGUUUAGUUAGUUAUUUAGUACAAUUACCUAUAAAUUCUUGCUUUAGUCUAAUACUUUGUUGUUUCAUAUCUUUGUUAAGUCGGAGAUUACUGGUGAGGCACUUCCUGAUUUCUUGAAAGUCCUAGAAGAUACUCAUAGGAAACCUGAUGGGUCGUUUGUGGAUGGAUUAUCUGAGAAAGUAUACCAUGAAGUGUCAUCGAGGAUAACUGAGGCUGAAACUGGGCUAUGCUCAGGGGACAACAUAGAGAGUAGUGCUUCUGGCGGAUUGUCAGUUAGUAUGAAGAACCGAAUUUUUGCUGAGGUUGCUCCGAAGAAGAAAAAUAGGAUAUAUGGAGUCGGUACUAUGCAAACUGAAGCAUCUUCAGCUCAAGUUGUUCUGACGCCUACUCCGACUGAAGAUCCAGUCAUUCUAGCUGAGAAGCUUUCUCAGGCCGAAGCUGUUCUUGCGAGUCAGUCUACUCAGCUAGAAGAUUAUGCAUUGAAGUUGCAACAAAAUACUCAGAAGAUGCAUUGCUACGAUGCCUACUUCGAUUAUCUAUCUGAGAAGGACCCUGAAUUUGCUGCAAAAUUUCCCCGACCUGAGACUGCUGCCACCAAUGAGACCGGAGCAGGAGAUACCGGACCUGAGACCGGAGCAGGAGGUAUCACCAGACCAACUUAG